CACGCGCCUGUACGCAUUCACACGACACAGCUCCUGGAAUCAUGGCGGACCGUCACAGCAACAACAAUCAUGUCCCUGUUUUGCUUUCAUUUUCGGCGUUUUCGCGGCCGUCCUCUGUGCCUGUUGGUUCUGGAUAUGAAGUGCUCAUUCAAAAGUUUUUGUCAAUCUACGGACGCCAGAUUGACCUCCAUCGUAAAUUCAUGAUUCAAUUAUAUUCGGACGAGUGGGCACAGUACAUUGAUUUGCCGAAAGGAUUCCUCAUAUCUGAGAAAUGCAAGCUACGAUUUGUACCUUUGGAAACGGAUGUGACAGUACUGGGGAACCUGAUCCCUGCCACCACGGUUUUCUUCUGCUGUGACAUGCAGGAAAGAUUCCGCCCAGCUAUCAAGUACUUCGGUGACAUCAUCAGUGUGGGACAGAGACUGCUUCAGGGGGCUCGUAUCCUGGGGAUUCCCGUCAUCGUGUCGGAGCAGUACCCCAAAGGCCUGGGUAGCACGGUGCAGGAGAUGGACCUUACUGGAGCCAGGCUGGUGUUCCCUAAGACCAAGUUCUCCAUGGUGCUGCCUGAGGCUGAGGCAGCCCUGGCCGACCUGCCGGGGGUCCGCAGCGUGGUGCUGUUCGGGGUGGAGACCCAUGUGUGUAUCCAGCAGACAGCCCUAGACCUGCUAGCCAGGGGUUUCGAGGUGCACAUGGUGGCAGACUCCACCUCAUCCCGUAGCAUGAUGGACAGAAUGUUUGCACUGGAGCGAAUGGCUCGCACCGGGAUCAUUGUCACCACCAGUGAGUCUGUCCUCCUCCAGCUGGUAGGUGACAAGGAGCACCCGAAAUUCAAGGAGAUCCAGAAUAUCAUCAAGGCCAGUGCCCCCGAGUCUGGCUUGCUUUCUAAGGUCUAGACUAGGCCACACAUGGUCAAAAAGGAAAAGGUAGAAUGUGUCCUUAUCCACUUAUCCCAGAUACAGCUCGGGGUGGCAGGGUAGCCUAGUGGUUAGAGCAUUGGACUAGUAACCUAAAGGUUGCAAGUUCAAAUCCCCGAGCUGACAAGGUACAAAUCUGUCGUUCUGCCCCUGAACAGGCAGUUAACCCACUGUUCCUAGGCCGUCAUUGAAUAUAAGAAUUUGUUCUUAACUGAAUUGCCUAGGAAAAUAAAGGUAAAAUAAAUAAAAAUAAAAGAUAUGGGUUUAUAUUCUUGUCGUGGCUAAGGAUAGAACGUUUAGAUGUAGAGUAGCCUGAUCCUAGAUCUGUGGUUAAAUUAGUAUGUCAUGGUUAAGGUUAGGAUUGAAGGGUAGGGAUAUCUGUGGUUAGGGACAACUUCUACCAUCAAGCAGUGACAGAGAACCAAGAGGAAUCGAGAGGUUUAAAGUGGCAAUCUGCAUUUGCUUAGUAUAUUUUUGGAGUUAUAAUUGAAUUAUAUGUACCCAUUGAUUCUUGAAGAAUAUAACUUGGAAAUGCCUCAUGACCUUCAUUCAGCUGUCACAGUCCAUGAGAACCCAAAAUAUAACCGUAUUUUAUUCCAAUGUUUGUAAACAACAAUAUAUAUAUUGCAUCCAUCGCUCUGUCUAUGGCUCUGAGUGGUUACGUUUCACCAGCCCCUCCCUUAUCUUUUUUCUGCUGAUUUGACGCUUUAAGGUGAAUUGGGGGGAUGGACCAGUUUUUCAGUCCUGGUCUGGGAAGGGGAUGGACCAGUUUUCAGUCCUGGUCUGGGAAGGGCAUGGACCAGUUUUCUCUGUCCUGGUCUGGGAAGGGCAUGGACCAGUUUUCUCUCAGUCCUGGUCUGGGAAGGGCAUGGACCAGUUUUCUCUCAGUCCUGGUCUGGGAAGGGCAUGGACCAGUUUUCUCUGUCCUGGUCUGGGAAGGGCAUGGACCAGUUUUCUCUCAGUCCUGGUCUAGGAAGGGGAUGGACCAGUUUUCUCUCAGUCCUGGUCUGGGAAGGGGAUGGACCAGUUUUCUCUCAGUCCUGGUCUGGGAAGGGCAUGGACCAGUUUUCAGUCAGUCCUGGUCUGGGAAGGGCAUGGACCAGUUUUCUCUCAGUCCUGGUCUGGGAAGGGCAUGGACCAGUUUUCUCUCAGUCCUGGUCUGGGAAGGGCAUGGACCAGUUUUCAGUCAGUCCUGGUCUGGGAAGCUCAUUGCGUAUGCAGCAUUUCACUCCAGCUGGAGUAAAUAUUGUGAACAUCUAACCUUGUUGUUGGGAAGGACUUGUCUGGAACUGGAAGUGCUCAUUGAGGUGAUGUCGUAGGACCACUACAUUUCCACUGACCAGGUUCAUGUGGGUUUGAUAAACACCGGGUCUCAGACUAGGUUUGGGAAACCUUGGCUGGGCUUAUUUGUGUACCAAUGAUAUUUAUGCACUGAGCUUUCCAGCCUGCCCGAGCACAUGGGUGAUUAAGUGCUUGCUUCAUGUGACUGGUAUUUUGUAUGUGAUGUAGAAACAUGAAUAAACAUGAUAUAUUUCCUCA